AACGCCAAGAAGUUGUUUGCUUUGCUAGUUUCCUAAAAAGUUUUUACAUUUGUAUAUUGUAUUUAAAAAUAAAAAAAUAUAACAAAUUUCGUAUCCAAGUUCCUAAUAUUGUUUAUCUUAUUUUUAUAUUAUUUUACAAUUGGAUGAUUUUUAUCGACAAAAAUGGUGAUUGGAUUACAGCCUUUAGAAUUUUCUGACUGUAUUACAGACAGCCCACAUUUCCGUCAAAAACUUCAUGAUCAUGAAAAAGAAUUGCAAAAAACUAAUCAACAAAUCAAGCGAUUAAUAAAGGAACUAAAAGAUUUGCUAAAUGCUGCUAAAAAUCUGUCUCGAGCCCAGCGCAUGGUGUCCAGUUCAUUGCAGCAAUUCGAUUUCGAAUGCAUCGGUACAACGCAGACGGAUGACGAGUUGGUGAUAACUCGAUCGUUAGCCGAAUUCGGUCGCCUCAUCUCAUCCAUUGAAGAUGAAAGAGACAGAAUGUUAGCCAGAGCUUACGACCAGUUCAUAAUCCCUUUGGAAAACUUCAGAAAAGAACACAUUGGUGGCGUUAAGGAAGGAAAAAAGAAAUUUGAAAAACAGACUACUAAAUUUUGUCAGAGCCAAGAACGUUAUUUAAAUCUGUCAACUAAAAAACAAGAUUCAGUACUUCAAGAAGCUGAUGCAACUUUGGAAAUGGAACAACGGCAUUUUUGUCAAGCUAGUCUUGAGUAUGUGUUUUUACUACAAGAAGUUCAAGAAAGAAAAAAAUUUGAGUUUGUUGAAACUAUGUUAGGUUUUAUGUUCAGUUGGUUGACAUUUUACCAUCAAGGACAUGAAGUUAAUGAAGACUUCAAACCUUAUAUGCGUGAAUUACAAUUUAGAAUACAAAAAACUAGAGACAAUUUUAACGAGACUCGUGACAAAACAGAAUCUUUAAUGAGAAAAAUGCUGGAAAUGAGACAGUCGAAAUCUUUGGAAACUAACAUCAAUAAUCAGAAAGUUACAAGAGAAGGAUAUCUAUUUCUUCUAGAAAGAAAACUUCCAGGAUUUAAAAAUACUGGACAAGCAACCAAAUGGUUACAAAAUAAAUCAUUAGGAGAUGCACUUAGUACAACUACAUGGACUAAACACUAUUGUAUAUAUAGAAGAGAGACUAAAGAAUUUGAAAUGAUUACUUUUAAUCAAAUGAUUGGAAAAUUUAAUACUUCCGAAAAAAUGAUAAUUUCAUCAUGUAUUCGUCGAAUGUCUGAUUCGAUUGACAAACGAUUUUGUUUCGAUCUCACUAGUGAUGAUAGGCCUGGAGUUAUAUAUACUUUUCAAGCAUUAUCUGAAGAAGAUCGUAAACUUUGGAUGGAUGUUAUGGAUGGCAAAGAACCAGAGUAUGGUGUACCAUCUGCACCAACAUUAAAUAAUGAUAAUAAUAUAUUUCUGGAUGAUGCUGGUUUCAAUUUUGUGACUAAAUGUAUUCAAACAGUUGAAUCGCGAGGUUUAGAUGAACAAGGGUUGUACCGAGUUGGAGGUGUAAGUUCUAAAAUAACUAAACUCUUAGCGAUGGGUUUGGAUCGUCGAAAAACAACUAAUGGGCUAAACUCGCUAAGCUUUCUUGACGACUGUAUUGAAUGGGAGACUAAAACAAUUACUAGUGCUUUAAAGUUAUAUUUAAGAAACUUGCCUGAACCGUUAAUGACAUUUAAGUAUCAUAAUGCUUUUAUAUCAGCUGCCAAACAAGAAAUAAGAUUGAGGCGUAUAAAUGACGUACACAUUCUUCUACACAAAAUUCCUAAACAAAAUUUCAAUAUGUUGGAACUGUUAGUCAAACACUUAUGCAAUGUUGUGACUCAUAGUGAACAGAAUCUCAUGACAGUUAGCAAUAUAGCCGUAUGUUUUGGCCCAACACUUAUGAGACCUGAACGUGAAACAGUUGCGGCUAUAAUGGAUAUUAAAUUUUGUAAUGUAGUGGUUGAAAUAUUAAUUGAGAACUAUACAAAAGUUUUCAAAACUGAGCCUGACCUAGAAGUAGAAUAUGAACCCACUCCAGGACCGCAACAGCCUACUACCUCAUCACAAAAAAUGAAAUAUUCGCCCGUUACUCCAGCUGUAACCCAUGCAAUUAUAAAGUCAUACUAUGAUGGACCAAUGCUAAGUACUAGUUUGCAUAAUGUAGGUGCAAUACCUCCUAAUAUUCCGUCACAUUCAAUACCCAUUGCAAAUUCAAACAGGUUGAGUCUCACAUCGUCUACUUCAAGUGCACUAUCAGAAUCGAAUCUCCAUAAUUUGAACGCAUACAGUAAACCUUCGACGCAUGCAGCAAGUCCCAAUAAAAGUUAUUACUAUUCUGUGGACUCCUCACAGAAUGCUACUAACACUAGUUCUAGUAGUUCAAACGAAUCUGUUUGUUCGGUAUUUUCGUUAGAAAAUCCACAAAUGCAACCGUCUAGGGCACCACAGAAAACCAAAAGAAGUAUUAAAAUGGGUGUACAUUAUGCAACAAGUUACAGGCCUCAAGAUACUGUAAGAGUUCGUACUUUGUAUGCAUGUCUCGGAGAAAAUGAUGGCGAACUGUCAUUUGAGCCAAACCAAAUAAUUACAAACGUGCGAUCUUCGUGUGAACCUGGCUGGUUGGAGGGCACGCUGAACGGCAAGACUGGCCUGGUACCAGAAAACUACGUUGAACUAUUACCAUGAUAGUUUUGACUAGAUAAAAACUUUAUCCUACUUACUAGGACAAGUGCAUUUUGUUUUUAAUUUAUAUUUGUUAUUGCUUUUUGUUAUGUAAUUGGGCCUAAAGAUCAUUUGUUAAUGCGCACAUAUAAAAAAAAGCAGAGUUACCAAAGAACAUACAUGCAUACUUGUUUCCGUAAACCAGUAUGCUAACUUCAAUACAUUCACAU